GGGCCACCGAAGAUGGGGAACACUACCUCGUGCUGCGUGUCGUCCAGCCCCAAGCUCCGGAGGAAUGCCCAUUCCCGGCUGGAGUCCUACCGGCCCGACACGGACCUGAGCCGCGAGGACACGGGCUGCAACCUGCAGCACAUCAGCGACCGGGAGAACAUCGACGACCCAGUUACCAUUUCCAGCCUGAUGGACAAAACCCAUACCUGUGGACUUUCAUUCCAGACUAAGAUUUAUUAGCUGCACUGCCUGUAAGAUUUUGAAGACACCCUGACCAAACAUGGACUGAGGCAUAUUAGGCAGUAUGGAGAGGUGCACUUUAAAGGUUUGUGGAGAGGGCCAUUCUCCAAAGCACCAAUGAAGAUUCCACGACCUUUACUUAUUUUCCUCUCUAGUUUAGAAUCGUGGAGUCAUUUGCUCCCCGUCUUCAUUUUACAGAUAAGGAAACUGAAUCUUGGAGAGGUGCAGUCUUUUGCCCAGGUCAUGCAGAUCAUGGACAAGGGUAGUUACUGUGUGUUAACU